CGCGCGCACGGGCCGGGCGUCUCGACUCCCGCGCGCGCUCGGCUGGUCCCAGAUCCCGGGAGGAGCAGCGGAGGAGGGAGAGAGGGAGAGAGGGCAGGCUGGGCGGGAGGCGGUGAGGCGGCCCGGGUGAGCGGGCGCGGGCGGCGGCUGGCGGAGCCGCCUGUGCACCGGCGGCGGCGGCGGCGGCGGCGGCGAGGGUGGCGGUCGCCUUCAGCAGCACGAGCCGGGGCGGCGCGGCAUCCGCAUCCGCCGAGUGUGAUGAAGCUGCCCUGCCUGGCUGCUCCUCUUGCAGCCAGCUGACACCGCCUGCACCCGGAGACCGUCGCGGGGCCGUGACCUUGGCUGAGGAGGGCAUCCUGGUAAUUCUUACCUCUGAGCGUGGACCGAGGUGCGGGUGACAUGGCCCAGGGGAACAAUUAUGGGCAGACCAGCAAUGGUGUGGCAGAUGAAUCACCCAACAUGCUGGUGUACAGAAAGAUGGAAGACGUCAUAGCACGCAUGCAAGAUGAAAAAAAUGGAAUUCCCAUUCGUACUGUCAAAAGCUUUCUUUCCAAGAUACCUAGUGUCUUCUCUGGGUCAGACAUUGUUCAGUGGUUAAUAAAGAACUUAACUAUAGAAGAUCCAGUGGAAGCGCUGCAUUUAGGAACGUUAAUGGCUGCCCAUGGCUACUUCUUUCCGAUCUCAGACCAUGUCCUCACCUUGAAGGAUGAUGGCACCUUUUAUCGAUUUCAAACACCCUAUUUUUGGCCAUCAAAUUGUUGGGAGCCAGAAAACACAGACUAUGCGGUUUACCUCUGCAAGAGAACAAUGCAAAACAAGGCAAGACUAGAGCUUGCAGACUAUGAAGCUGAGAGCCUGGCCAGGCUGCAGAGAGCAUUUGCCCGGAAGUGGGAGUUCAUUUUCAUGCAAGCAGAAGCACAGGCAAAAGUGGACAAGAAGAGAGACAAAAUCGAAAGGAAGAUCCUUGACAGUCAAGAGAGAGCGUUCUGGGAUGUGCACAGACCUGUGCCUGGCUGUGUAAAUACCACUGAAGUAGACAUUAAGAAGUCGUCCAGAAUGCGAAAUCCACACAAAACACGGAAGUCUGUCUAUGGUUUACAAAAUGAUAUUAGAAGUCACAGUCCUACUCACACUCCCACACCAGAAACCAAACCUCCAACAGAGGAUGAGUUACAGCAGCAGAUAAAAUAUUGGCAAAUACAGUUAGAUAGACAUCGGUUAAAAAUGUCAAAAGUUGCUGAUAGUUUACUAAGUUACACAGAGCAGUAUUUAGAAUAUGACCCAUUUCUUGUGCCACCUGACCCUUCUAACCCAUGGCUGUCCGAUGACACUACUUUCUGGGAACUUGAAGCAAGCAAAGAACCAAGCCAACAGAGGGUAAAACGAUGGGGUUUUGGCAUGGAUGAAGCAUUGAAAGACCCAGUGGGACGAGAACAAUUCCUUAAAUUUCUUGAGUCAGAAUUCAGCUCAGAAAAUUUAAGAUUCUGGCUAGCAGUGGAAGAUCUGAAGAAAAGGCCCAUUAGAGAAGUGCCCUCACGAGUUCAGGAAAUAUGGCAAGAAUUUCUAGCUCCAGGAGCUCCCAGCGCCAUCAACUUGGAUUCUAAGAGUUACGACAAAACCACACAGAAUGUGAAGGAACCUGGACGAUAUACAUUUGAAGAUGCUCAGGAGCACAUUUACAAACUGAUGAAAAGUGAUUCGUACCCCCGUUUCAUACGAUCCAGUGCCUACCAGGAACUUCUACAGGCAAAGAAAAAGGGGAAGUCUCUGACGUCAAAGAGAUUAACAAGCCUUGUUCAGUCUUACUAAAAGGAAGCUGACUCGUAGCAUGGGAGCCGAUUGGAGUUGUUGCACAUAAUUUAUAGCUCCUUCUUUCCACCUGGAGCAGAGGACAUUAGAACAAGGUGUUGCAUGAGCAAAGGACUUCUGUGUGUGCGCAUUAAGGCAUUACCAUCUUCAAGAAACUCUACCAUCUCAAUGCCUCCAUUUCAUAGUGUUGUCUGCUUUCUUCUUCCUUCUACUCUACUGGAUCUGUGUAUUUUCCUUUUUAACAAGUUCAAGUGAAGUAAAACCUUUCUGUUUUUGCUUUUGUUUUGUUUUUGCUCCUCUCUCCUCUUAAAGCUUCUAGUAGACACACAGUUCACUCAAAUUCAGUCAGUCACAAACUGGAAGAAUUAUAAAAGAAAAUAUAAGUAUAUAUCAAUAAGUAUACACAUGGCUUCACAUUUAUUAAACAAUAAAUUAGCACAGAAAGUAUCAUUUCACAGAUGUGUUCACAUUCACAGCAAGCUCAUGUCUUUGUUGUAUGGACAUUCUCAGUUGAUGUCUCUGGCAUUUAUUUUUAUACCAUGUUUAAACAAAAACACCUUUUACUCCAGAUGUAUGAAAGUUGAUCCCUUCUCUGUAAAUUUGUGUAUGUUUAUAUUGUUAUUUUACCUUUCAUUAAAAGAUGCAGAAUCUCA